CGCGGCGCGAUAUUAUGAGAGAGACGAUAACUCGAAUGAUUCUGUUGAAUUUGAAAAUUGAUCGUGUUACUGUGGUCGCGUCAACCUGUCCGUUAGUGGGCAGGCACGCUACUGCGUAAAAAAAACAGCAGUGUACCUACUUACGUCCCCGCGGUUUGACAUGUGACCGGUUUAAAGUUUCACACGUAACAAUAAUAAUUCGCUCCCUCGCCUCUACCGCCUACCAGUUGCAGUUUCGAGGCUGCUGUGCCUUAGGUUAUGUUGUGUUUAUGUCCGUAGCCCGUGUAAACAGUUUCUCGGUAAUUUUUAUUACGUCGCGGGCAUCUCUCUGAGGAGAGGUUCGGUAAGGGCGCCGUGCUACGAAAUAUGAGAAAGCGUACAAACAGUUCGUGCGUCGUAGACCGAUUAGAAUACCAUUUGAUGAUACUCUGUCGUUACGUUCCGUUGCGCUAAUUCGAUACACGGGCCAAGGUACCAUAAGGCAAGGUAAUGAACCUAGGACUAUCGCCGUACGAUGGUUUGGAGAAAGAGUCAACUUCUAGUAAUGCAUUGGAAAAUGGAGGUGGGGCUACAAAAAAAUUGGCCAGAGGUAUAUCUAGAGCAACAGAAAAUGCAGCUAUUGUCUCUUAUGCCCGUUCUCAGUUAGCUACUAUAGGGUCAUUAGAUACUCCAGAGUUCACAUUUUCUCUUCCUGACCUAACUGUAUAUCCAGAUUCAUUUCGCCAAUUUUUGGAGAAAGAUCUGAUAGAGGGUGGGUGUUUGACCUCUCUGGAAGCUGCUGGUCGUUUGAAUUGGUGGUGUGGAGGUAAACAUGGAAGCAACAGAGUUCUAUGGCCUUUGGCAACAUCAGGGGAUGGGAACUGCCUUUUACAUGCAGCUUCCCUGGGCAUGUGGGGCUUUCACGACAGGCUUCUUACAUUAAGAGAAGCAUUGCAUAAUACUUUAGCCAAAGGGGAGUACAGACACGCAUUGUUUAGACGUUGGAAAUGGCGACAAAUGGGUUUAAACGCAGCGGCAGGAUUAUCCUAUACGGACGCGGAAUGGUUGACGGAAUGGCAAACCAUUGUAGAUAUGGCCUCUCCUAUCUUUAGAAAUCAAACUGCUACGUCCUAUCAAAGUCUCGAAGAAGUACACGUAUUAGCUUUAGCCCAUGCUUUAAAAAGGCCUAUAUUAGUUAUAGCUGAAACUAUGUUAAAGGAUGCGGAGGGUGUAGCUUUAGCUCCGAUUCCGUUCGGUGGAGUAUAUUUGCCGCAAGAAGUACUUCCAUCUUAUUGUCAUAGAACACCAUUGAUUCUGGCAUAUCAUUCGGCACACUUUUCGCCUCUCGUCAUUGUCGACGGAGCAAGCGAUUUUGGAGAUGGUUCCAGCGAAGGUGUUAGCAUACCUCUGGUAGACCCAGACACAGGUCAAUUAUUACCAGUUUUAUUCGCGGUAGAUCCCGGUCCAGACUGGGACUGGCAAGAAGGAUCUCGAGACUUGUUGCCCUGUCAGCAAGACACGAUGGAAAUUUUAUUACGAGAGUAUUUGGACUGUGAAUACCAAAAUUUUACGUCGGAGGAAAUGGAGAGGCUAUCCGAUACUGACGGCUCGCUGUCCAAAACGGCGAAGCAAUUGUUAGGCGUUGCAAAACAAUUUGGAUCGAUCGGCAGGUCCGUUAGUAAAAGACUGUGGUCGAUGGCGAAGAGACCAAAAAGCCCGCCACCCACGGCGGGCGGACUUUCCACGGAAGGUUUAUUAUGUGUAAGAAUCAGAAGUAGACGUCAUCAGUACGUGGAUCAGAUGCUUCAAAAUUAUCUUCAAUGUGCUCACGCAAGGUACCUGCAGGAUCAUAAGGUCGACGAGACUGGUAGUGAAAUGAAUUAUGGUGCUGGUAAAUCCAAAUUUUAUGCCGCUAGCGACGGCGGAAGUCACGCAAGCGUUAGCAAAUUGUUACCUAUUAAUCCAAAUAAAGAUCGUACUCUUUAUCUUUCGAGAUCUACCUUCUACAAUGACCAAGCAUCGUCCGAAAAAUUGGGGCCAGAACGAUGGAAUGAUAGCAGCGGUAGUCUCGGGGCUAUUGUUAAAGAAUGUCGUAACGAGCAAUGUCGGUUCUAUGGUUCGGCGGAAAAUGAUUACUAUUGUUCUCAGUGUUGGGCGAGUCGACGUUACCGCUGAAGAAUUAGUCACAGCGGGGCAUGACAAUAAUGAUACUUUACUAUUGUUCGUAUUAAAUUAUGUAUAAUCAGAUUCAGACGUAACACUAGCCAUUUUACCGUGAAAGCUUAAGCAAAAUAAUCGACCCGCCAGAUUUUCUUCUUCCUGCAAUAUCGAGUAACCUUGUAACAUUAUUUUUCUAUUUAAUGGCAUUCAUCUAUUUCAAAAGCAUAUCAGAUAUAUGUACAGGGUUCGACUUUCUUCGAUAUACAUACACUAUAUGCCUUUCGUGUGUAGCUUACGAGCCAGCCGUUCCAAAGAAGAAGUUAUAUAUUUUCAAACAGCAGUAAAUCAGUAUUUUCAGGACGGACGAAUAAAAAAUAAUUCAUGACUUCUUUGCACGUGCCUUCUGUCGCGUAUAUUAUCUAAAUGACA